GAAGUUAUAUAUAACCGUUACAUGCAUAUCAUAAGUUCAUAACCAAAGUGAGAACAAGAACACGAACUCUCAUAUAUCAUUAUCAAAUGUCAAACUAGUUUUGUUACAAAAGAAAAGAUCAUAAAAUGGCUCCUGAACUUGUGAGUGGCACAAUAAAGGCCAGUACUAGUACUAGUAGUAGUAGUAGUGCUCAAAAUGGGGUAGAAUCAAGGAGGUCAUCAAUAUCAUGUGCUUAUGUAACUUUCUUAGCAGGUAAUGGUGAUUAUGUGAAAGGGGUGGUAGGUUUAGCAAAGGGAUUAAUAAAAGCAAAAUCUAUGUAUCCAUUGGUGGUGGCAAUUUUGCCUGAUGUGCCUGAGGAACACAGACAGCUAUUAAGGAGACAUGGUUGUAUAGUGAGGGAGAUAGAGCCACUUGCUCCUUCGUUGCAGUCGACGUCUGAUAAAUAUGCAAGGUCUUAUUACGUUCUCAACUACUCCAAACUUCGCAUUUGGCAGUUUGUUGAGUUCAGUAAGAUGGUUUACUUAGAUGGAGAUAUGCAAGUUUUCGACAACAUAGACCAUCUGUUCGAGUUGCCUGACAAGUAUUUCUAUGCGGUGGCAGACUGCAUAUGCGAUAUGUAUGGGGAGCCAUGUCCAGAGGUUCUGCCAUGGCCAAAGGAGUUGGGGCCAAGGCCAUCUAUAUACUUCAAUGCAGGCAUGUUUGUCUUUCAGCCCAAUCUCUCCAUCUAUGUUCGUCUCUUGAACACCCUCAAAGUUACCCCACCCACCCAAUUUGCUGAACAGGACUUUCUAAACAUGUUCUUUAAAGACAUGUACAAGCCAAUUCCUUAUGCAUACAAUUUGUUGUUGGCCAUGCUAUGGCGCCACCCAGAGAAAAUUGAGGUCAAUAAGGCGAAAGCAGUUCACUACUGUUCUCCAGGCGCCAAGCCGUGGAAGUAUACUGGCAAGGAAGAACACAUGGAUCGCGAGGAUAUCAAAAUGCUAGUUAAGAAAUGGUGGGACAUUUAUAAUGAUCAGACACUGGACUACAAGGCGCAGGGUUCUAGAGUUGAUCCGGGUCAAGUUGAAGCAAACAGAUUAAUGGCAGCAGCCUUUUCUGAUACGAAUAUAAGUACUAGUUUAUGUGUAGCUAGCCCAUCAGCUGCUUAGCUAUAAUAUAUGGCAGUUGAUCCAUGGAGUUUCAUGUGAUCAACUCUUAACAUUAUUAGUCGUGGAGGGUCUAGGAAAAUACAGCCACUUGUUUAUUUUUUUUGUUGGUUCAGUAAGCGUAAGUGCUUGUACUAUUGUAGCUUAUAUAAGCGUCCUUCAAUCUUAUAAGCAACUGAUUAGUUUAUAGACAUGAUGGAACAGCACAAUGGAAGGUCAGAUAUAUACUCUAUUAUAGCGUCUUAGCAAAUACAGCGGUUUUCGACCUUGGGAUGCU